AGAGUGUUGGAGAGGAGGGAAUGGGCUGUCAGGGACGUCAGCAGAGCACUGCUUUUGCACCCUAUGUCCAAAUCAGAGCUCUGCUUGACAUUUUAAGAAGUUUGAGCAGAUACACUGACCAGUAUCUAACACUGCAAGAUGGGAAGUGGAAUUAGUUCUGAGGGCAAGGACUCAGCCAAAAGAUCCAAAGAACUAGAGAAAAAGCUUCAGGAAGAUGCUGAGCGAGAUGCAAGAACAGUAAAGUUGCUGUUAUUAGGAGCAGGAGAAUCUGGAAAAAGCACCAUCGUGAAACAAAUGAAGAUCAUCCAUAAAAAUGGUUACAGUGAACAAGAAUGCAUGGAGUUCAAAGCAGUAAUUUACAGUAAUACAUUGCAAUCCAUCCUAGCUAUUGUGAAAGCCAUGGCUACCCUUGGGAUUGAUUAUGUAAAUCCCAGAAGUGCAGAAGACCAACAACAACUUUAUGCGAUGGCAGAUACCCUGGAAGAUGGUGGUAUGACACCUGAACUGGCUGAGAUAAUAAAACGACUGUGGAGAGACCCAGGAAUUCAGGCCUGCUUUGAAAGGGCAUCUGAAUAUCAGCUCAACGACUCAGCAGCUUACUACCUGAAUGAUUUGGACAGAAUAGCAGCUCCUGGAUAUGUCCCAAAUGAGCAAGACGUUCUGCAUUCUCGAGUGAAAACUACUGGAAUCAUUGAAACUCAGUUCUCCUUUAAAGAUCUGCAUUUCAGAAUGUUUGAUGUAGGUGGACAGAGAUCUGAGAGAAAGAAAUGGAUCCACUGCUUUGAAGGAGUCACAUGCAUUAUAUUUUGUGCCGCACUCAGUGCCUAUGACAUGGUCCUGGUGGAAGAUGAAGAGGUGAACAGAAUGCAUGAAAGCCUUCACCUGUUCAACAGUAUCUGCAAUCACAAGUACUUUGCAACCACCUCCAUUGUCCUGUUUCUCAAUAAAAAAGAUCUCUUUCAAGAAAAAGUAACCAAAGUUCAUCUCAGUAUCUGCUUUCCAGAGUACACUGGGCCAAAUACAUUUGAAGAUGCAGGGAAUUACAUCAAGAACCAGUUUCUAGACCUGAAUUUAAAAAAAGAAGAUAAGGAAAUUUAUUCCCACAUGACCUGUGCUACAGAUACUCAAAAUGUCAAGUUUGUGUUUGAUGCAGUUACAGACAUAAUAAUCAAAGAGAAUCUGAAAGACUGUGGGCUUUUCUGAUCAAUCCUUUUUUCUUCUGCACUUGCUCACGUACACUUGUCAAGAUAUAAAAAAGUGCUGUGUGAUGUGUCUAGUUUUAAGAGAUAUUAACUUAUGUAGAAAUAUAACUAGUGUUAUAAGGCAAAAACUUGUCCAUACAAAAACUUUAAUAUAUUGUCACCUAUAUGUGGAUACAUUUCUAUUUCUCUGGGACAUUGAGGAUGGGGGUUCCUUGAUGCCUUUGGGUCUGAAAGCUGAUGUGUUUUGGUAAUUCUCUAACAAUACAUUUCAGUGACACUGAAUUUGCUUGGAAGUCAAUUCUGCACUGUGGCCUACUUGUAAUGAUAGGGCAAAGGAAAAAAAGCAAAUUUCUCCAUGUUAUUUCCACUGGCCAGAUUCUGAGAGGCAUUCAUCUCUGCUAAUAAUGUAAUCGUGCCUGUACUGUAGAAACUAUUCAAAGAUGAUAUAUGUGGGGUAUUCUGUUGGUCAAUUACUCCUAUUCAGCUAGCUGCAAAUGAAGUUUUCACUAUACAUACAUAUACCUGUUGGUGGAAAAUUAUACAUGCAAGAGAAAUGCGUGCAAUUUUAUUACUUUUCCCUAGGAAAAAAACCAUUGAUGCAGAAUUUACCUUUAGAAUUGAGGAUUUCAAUAAUACAUUCUUUGCACCAAUCUCAUUGAAAACAGGAGUCAUCUAUGGUCAAGAAUACAGUGUAAAGCUGUUCAAGUGGAACAAUAGUCCUCAAUGGAGUACCCAUUUCCCACAUUUUAUUCCAGAGCAGCGUGGAACAUGAUCACAAUUGAUGGAUGGAGACAAUAAUUCUAAACCUCAAGAGAAGAAGUAAUUCAAUGUCUUAGCACUAGUAUGUUAUGGUUUUGUGAGUAAGAGGUAGGAAGUAAGAGUGAGUAAUUAAGAGUUUUUUUUAUAAGAAACAUUGACCUUCUUGUCAGUAGUGUAUGGUCCUUUCUAAAAGUUCCAUGGUAUGCAAAUAGUCAAAGCCGACUUUUUAAAAGCUAAUCUGGUGCCUUACAAACAAAACUGUAUUAUUUAUGAACAGAAAAGAUGAGUUUUUUUUUUUUUCAAAGUGAGCACCAUUUACACCAUACACUUUUUAAGCAUGUCUGAUAUUGUUUACCCUCUACCCUUGUACAAGGUGAUGUAUAGGUCGGAAUAAUAGGUUAGUGUAAAAGAUUUAUAACUAUUCUGAAAAGAGAGCUAAUUAGAUUUUCAUAACUAGAUGAGAUAAAGGGAAUAUAAAUUAAGCAAUCUGCCAAGCUGUAGCCCAAGUGGAUGUAGGUAGCCCUGUCUCAGUGUCACUACUUCAUUGUUUUAUAAUGCAUUUCCAUUCUAAACAUGUAAGAAUGAUCAUUAUUCAAUAAGUAACCUUGACUUGAGUGUUUCUGGUUUCAUUUUCAAAAACACAAAGGAGUUAUCAACAAACACAAUCAAAUAAAAAUGUUAUAGUAAGAAAAAUUAAUUUGAAAUUCGUUUUCAAAAUAUGUUAAGGAGUCUAGAAUAGUAAGGACAAAAAAAAGCAAGAGAAAAUAUUUAGUUUAGGCAUUCAAUGAAAUUUUCUGCUAAGGACCAUAAUUUACAUGUCAACAAGCCAACAUUUUGCUGGGAGCUAUUCAAUGCUUUCAGAUUUUAAAUUAACAUUACAAAUGCUAUCAUUUCAUCCAAUGCUUUGUCUUUUUAUUCUCCUACUCUAACCUACUUUUCUCCAUCAGUGUGAAGAGAAUGUUCUAGAAAUAAUUUAUUUUGAAAUAUUACUAUUACUAUAAUUUAGAUUUUGACUCUGACUUGACUUUAGGGUUUCUCUAUUAGAUAACGUAGAAAGGGUGGGGUCAGAAAUAGCUUAUCUUUUAAAAAUACACAACUCAUCUCAAUCUGUGCAAAAAAUUGACAGGCAUCAAUAUUUAUUUAUGAAAUUUUGUUCUAUGAGAAUUGUAAAAAAUACAUUAAAUGACCAAACUAAAAUUAGAGGUUAGUUUGGAUUACUUAAAAAAAAAAACUGUCAAAUUUUUUUCCAAUGCUAUAAUUGCAAUUUUAAAAACUUUUCUUCACAAUCAAAAAUAGUUGCUGUGCUACACAAUAAAUUUUAAUUAAGAGAAAAUUUUAGUAGAGAAAAUAAAUGUUUCUAUUAUGUCUUUAAUGAUUAUGUUCCUCAAAAUUGAGUCUAUUUCUGAUUUUACUUUUAUAAUUUAUUAAUUAAAAAAAAGGUUGGAGUGGAUAUACAGCAUUUGGGACUAAUUAAAGAAAGCAACAAAAUGGAAAAUACAGGAAGCUAUAUUUCAGCUGGAAGAAACUCACACUGACACCAGAAAUGUUAAAUUUGGUUAGAGUUGAAACAUGCAUUUCAAUUAAAAAUUCAAGCUUUUAAUUGUACAGAGCGUGUUGCUACUUUUAUAGUAUCUCAAGGAAGCAGUCUUUGUCAUUCAAAGCUCAAAUGUGGUUAUACUGUUAUUUUCCUUUUCUGUUAUUUGAGAUUUCUCUUCCUGACUCAGAGUGUUCUGCAGUCCUGCUUGCCUUAGAUUUUUAACACUCCCAACUCAUUCAUUUCUAAGGUUUGUCCAGUAGUAGACACAGUGUACCACCUCAGAGAUCUGGUACAGGCUUACAUCUAAUGGGAUCACUAACAACUUAGUCCUUGCAGAGUUUUUCCAGAAGCACGAACUGAUCAAAGGAUAAGUCUUCGCAUCUUGGGACUAGCGACUAGAGAGUUAAAUGAAGAAGAGUAUUAACUGGGUAAUAUCUUUGUGUCAAAGUACAAAAGUUGGCAACUCUACAAAGGAGCUCUAUGGAAAGGUCGUUUCAAAUUCUGUGAAAUCUAUAACAUACAUUAUAGAGAUUCAAUAUCCUACUGAUUCAAAAUUUAUAAACAAGUAAUAGUUUUUACGUAUAUCACACAAAUGGGCAAACUACCUUUUCAGGCCAUGGUCCUGUCCUUAUACAAAUUUUCGUACUUGAUCCACUGUCCUCUUGAAAGACAAAAUGUAUUUUCAAAUACUUGCAGAGUCACUCAGGCUUGACUUAAUCAAGUACUAUGUACACAAGGAAAAACUAAAUCUUCUGUGUUGAUUUAUGUGCUUUUACUGUGUCACACCACUUCAGAAUCAGAGGUAGCUGACCACCUGUAUCUAUUAAAAAUAAAUAUUUGUAAAAACUAUAGGAGAAAUUGUGAAUCCUCUAACUUAGAACAACUUAAAAAAUAAGAAAGACAACCCUCUGCCUGGGAUGAAGGAAUUCACUAGAGAAUGUAACCAGCUAAGGCCCUCUUUCCAUUUUUCCUUUUCUACAUUUUUAUACACUUGCCUCUAGCCACUUGGGGGCACACUUACAUCAUGUGUUCUAUCCAAAUGCUCAAACAUAAUACAUUUGGAUUAUUAAUAACUUUAAUGACACAGGUAAUAAAAUCCUAUUAAGAAUUAUAGUUCAUUUUGUGCUUCCAGCUCUGUGGUACAUGAAAAUGUUCUCAUAGUCAUUAUACGCACUAUUUUAGUCAAAUUUGUGAGUAACGCAGCUGUUGAAACAGUUCCAAAUUUGUUUGGUGUUAUUCAUUUAGUCUCUUCAAUGUUUUUAUUUUUUACCAUUUUCAAACUGAUGUUUAAAUCUAAGUGACAACUCAUUUUGUAAACGGUGCUUUUCCAUUAAUCUGUAUUGUGUGUUAAAUCUUGAUUAGCUUAUGGUGAAAGGGAGAAUCGUUUGCAUGUCUAACAGUUACAUUUUGUGAAUAUUUAUCAAUUGGCAACUGAUUAAUAUAUAUCUUUUUAGCAAAUCAAAGUAAAAUUUCAUUCAGCUUUAAUAUUAGCCAUUCCAGUAUUCUGUUUAUUUCACUGUUUCCAUAACCACUAUCCCACCAAAUCAAGAGGAAAAUGAAUGCUCUGUGACAUUUUGCUAUUACCAGUACUGCUGCUGCCAACAGAUAUUUAGUUAGUAAUAGUACAAUUAUUAUUUUAAGCCACACUUGUCACAGGGGUUAAGAAAUAAAUGCAGUCACUUGAAAGAAAAAGGAAAUAAAAAGACCUUAAUUUACUUCACAGGGACAGUAAUGGCCCUCUAAUUAUUACACCUUUCAGGUAAAGAAUAAUAUAUGAAACACACAAGUACAUUGAUUAUUUUAUUUGAUAGACAUUCCUACUUUCUAAAUUGGUCAGAUUCAAACAAAAUCUAGCAUAUAUAUCAUAGAAAAGUAUGUUUUCCAAUGCAUAUUGCUGUUAAUUUUUUUCUGAAUAAGAAAACUGGUCAAAUAUUAAAUGCCAUUGUAAUAUCAAAACCAACAGAAAGUGUUUCUGCCUUCACAUAUUAAAAGCCUUACAUUGAAGAAAAUAUUACAUAAUUGUACUUAAGGUUAGCAUAAGAAAAUUUAGCAUAAAAGUACCCAUGCAGAAAGGCAAAGAAAAAGAUGAUCUACCCUAUGAUUAUCUUAUCUGGUUAAAAUCCAAAUAUUUCAUUACAUUUUAAAAAUGGUGAUGUACAAAUGUACAUUUAUAUGUAGCACAAGUUAGGUGAUCAUUUACCAGCAAAAGAAACAAUUUUAUCUGCCUUAGAGUCAAGUUAUGCAUUAUAGUGAGUCCACACGUGUUUAGUCUCUACUAUAUUCAAGAAACAACUGUGUCACUUUUUAUUCUUAUAUGUGAUGUGCUCUGCAAUUAUACCUGUAACAGGGCAGCAUAAUCAUCUCUACCUUUUGAAUCAAAAGGUAGAACAUUUUAUUAAAAAUAUAUAAACCAUAUAUAUUACAUCCAAAACAGACACAAAUGCAUACUUUUUUCCGUAAUUCUGUUCUUUGGUAAGUAUACAAGUACUGCUUCAUAAUCUAAAGCAGUCACCACACUGUUUUGCUACAAAACAGAAGUGGAAGUACCUAAGCUGGACCACCGUACAUGGACAGUUUCGUUAAAUUCGAGAGAUUCCAACAGCAAAUUACUCACAAGGUAUUUCAUCGUGAAUCUGUGACAAAAAGCUCUCCUAAACUACAUUUUCCCCCAAGAACAGGUGACAUGGUCACUGCAGAGAACUCUGGGCUGUGCUUGAGAACUCACAUUGAAAUCUCAGUUCUAUCACCAACCAUCCCCUCUGUGGGACAACAUGCAAGUGUUAAUUUUUUCCAGGUGGCUACUUUUCUUAUCUAUAGAUGAACAGAGUAGAUUAAACAAUCACCAGAAACCAAUACAGCCUGAGCUUCGGAGUCAGCACUGUCUUUGAACAUUGAUAUUAGACUAAGCUUGUCUUAACUGCUUUAUUAAAAGAAAAUAAAAAAAUAGGAAGAGGAAUGAUAUAUAAAGGACUUUUAAUUAACACUUAAAAUGUGACUAAUGAAACUGGUGACUUCAUUUGUUUUAAAUUGAGGGCUUAGAAGUGUUAUUUAUUCCUGGGAAGAACAUCUAGCACCCAGCACUGCCCCUAGUAAAGACUUCACAAGGGCAUCACGCAUCCUUCACCUAGAGUGAUCAUCCUUUGCCAGCCAAGAGGAAAAAUGCAUUGAUUCAUGUAAAAAAAAAUUAUUAACGACUAAAGUGACAACUUGUAAAGUUACCAAACGCUUAAUUUUAUACUUAAAAUGGAUGAAUAUAUAAAUUAUUUCUCAAAUCAGAGUAGUAAUGAUACAGAUGAUUUUUAAAAGGAAUAAUAUGCUACUCAUCCUUCCCCAUAGUAUUUUAUGUAUGUAGUGGGAUUAAUAAGUAUUUAAUAAAUUAAUAAGCAAUGCAGUCAUAUUUCCUAUAAUGACCUUUCCACCUGAAACAGAAAUGUUCCAAACUCCAGUACCCCUGUCUAGCUAGGUCCACCCACCCUGCACAGUUGGUGGCCUAAAAAUAAAUUAACUUUACUUUUUAAAAAGUCCAGAAAAAACUGAGAGAGAACUGAGAGUGUUCUCAUGCUAACGUACAGUUUCAGGGUAAGUCCCAAUGCUCAGGGCAUAUGGUUCUGUCCCUCACGUAGAAGGUCCUUUGCUCUUGCCGUUUCCUAGUCAGGACUGCCCCUCCCACACAUACUCUGUGACUUAAUGGCUCCUACUUAUCUUCAAAUUUUAAAUCAGUGUUCACGUCUCUAGACAGGGGUUCCCAGAUCUCAUAGAUAGAAGCUCACCUGCUUCAUCCUUUACAGCUCUUUAUUAUAAUCUUACUCUUUAUGACUCAUUGAUGUUUACAAUGAAAUAAUGUGAUCAGACAAUGUGAUUGUCUGGUUUAUAUUUGUUUCUCCACUUUACUGUUAGUUUCCUGAGGGUAGAGCCCUUCUGUGGGUUUUCCAUAGUUGUCUUUGAGGCAAGGAGGAACUUAAAGAAUAUUAGUGAAUUAAUGAACCAAUAAACCAAUGACUGUUUACCAA